AUGACCUUAUCAGGUGAAUCUGUUGGCAGUGAUCAAGAUGUAAAGAUACGUUGCAAUUUGCCACUGCAGAUAUGUCUCAUUUUCAACUCGUACCUGUUUCCUAUCUGGUGUUGGUUGGAGCUUUCUCGUCCAGCUUGCCCAAACAGCAAUACUGCCGAAGUCAAAUUACAAGUAUUUGAUUUUUUAUGGAGUGCAUCCUUACUGCUAAUGUCCACAGUCGAGGUGGUUCGGCUUUACGUGGGACAUGCAGGAAAUAAACUGGAGCAGACCUUUUUACAAUUGGUCCAUUACGUCAGCUCGGUAAAUUACUGGCGCAGGUUAGGUCCACUGUCUGCUGACCUAAAGAUUGGAACUUCUUGUCGCAAUUCUCUGGAAUGUCUGUUGUUCGUGCCACACAGUCACUGCGACUGGGACAAGCGUCUGUGCACCUGUCAGCCGUACUACGUCCUUUACAAUGCGACAAUGUGUCUGCCAGCAUCUCUGCUCGGCUUUGCCUGCUCCGUCGACGAGCAGUGCUCCCUCAAAGUGCCAAACUCGGUGUGCACUGAUGGCUUGUGUCAGUGCAAGUCCAACUUCCUGCCUCUUCGUCGCGACAAAUGCUUGCCACCUGCUCGUUCGGGCGACUUUUGCCUCUCUGAGAAGCAGUGUCUGUUGGGUGACAGGUACUCCCAGUGCAAGUAUAUUAUUCCUCGCAUCUACGGCAAAUGUCGUUGUGCAAACGGAUAUCACCUGUCAGCUGAGAACCAGUGUUUUCCAACACUAGGCAGCAAGUGUUUUUCUGCCGAUGACUGUGAGAAAGUGACACCGAAUUCAGUCUGCACCGACAACGGGACCUGUAAGUGUAGUGAUGGCUUUCGUGCCACAGACGACAAACUGUCCUGUGAUCCAGUUCCAACAACGACGACGACCACCACAACAACUACCACUACGACGACAACGACAACGACGAUGAAACCGCUUCAUCUAGGUAUUACAGAAGAGCAAAGCGUUCAGAAUCAAAUAGAAGAGGACGAGUUGCAAGAUGAUAGCGCCCAGCUGGUCACUGCACUGGCAGUCUCGCUGGGAAAACGGUGCAACAGCAGCAUUGAAUGUCAGAUGCGUGAUCCAUACUCGAGAUGCAUUGACGGCUUUUGUGAUUGUUUGAAAAAGUCAGCCACGUGCAGUGCCCAAAAAACUGGCUGUCACGCUGACACCUUUCAAUGUAGAAACGGGCAAUGUGUCAGUUGGUAUUUUGUGUGCGAUGGAGACAGAAAUUCAUGCGAUGAUGGUUCUGACGAGGACGAAUGCAUUCCCUAUCGAAUCACAUGUGACAAGCAAGCCUGGCAGUGCAAAUCAGGUCAAUGUGUGCCUCAGUAUGCAUUUUGCAAUGGAAUCGUGGAUUGUCUAGAAGACGGCUCAGACGAGGACGAGGCAGUGUGCGAAAGUACACACAUGGCCUGCCCAAAUGGAACAUUCACAUGUGACAAUAAACUUUGCAGAUCAACUGCUAUCCUCUGUUCGGGUGUGGAUUCCUGCACUGACAGCAGCGACGAGGACUACGACAGAUGCCAAGUUUGCUACUGCGAAAAGCCAUAA